UUCGUCGCAAUCAUGGCGCUUGCCUUCAUCGCUGCCUCUGAGGCGUCUUACCUGCCGUACGAUGAUGUCCUCUCGUACUCCGGAUAUGGCACGGAACUCCCACUGUCCAAGGUGGUCGUUGGCUCGUCGUACGAUCUUCCAGCGGUCGUGGACAAGUACUCCUAUCCCUCGUGGUAUGGUUCCUAUCCUGCAGUGAAGAAAGUAGUCGAAUACCCAUCGGUUGCUCCGGUGCUGGCCACUAAGGUCGUCGAUAAUAGUUACGGACUAGGAUACAACAAGCUCGUCGCUCCUCUUGUGGCCACUAAGGUCGUUGAUAACAGCUAUGGCCUGGGAUACAACAAGUACGCCGCUCCUGUUGUGGCCACUAAGGUCGUUGAUAACAGCUAUGGCCUGGGAUACAACAAGCUCGUCGCACCGGUCCUUUCGCAUGGCUACGGCCUAGGAUAUAACAAGCUCGUCGCCACUAAAGUCGUCGAUGACGGUCUGUGGAAGUAUUGA